AUGGGAGUUGAGAACAAUGAAAGUCUUGAACUACUCUCUGUCUUCCUGACUGGUAUCCCAGGACUGGAGGCCCAACAUGGAUGGCUCUCUAUCCCCUUCUUCACCAUGUACAUUGUGGCCAUUGUAGGCAACAGCCUAAUCAUGGCAGCAGUACAGGCAGAUUCAGCCCUACAUGAGCCCAUGUACCUGUUCCUCUCCAUGUUGGCUAUCACUGAGGUGGGUGUCUCUGUGUCUACACUGCCUACUGUUAUGGGUAUUCUUUGGUUUGAUGCCCGCAAGGUUGACUUUGAUGGAUGUUUGGCUCAGAUGUUCUUCAUUCACACUUUCUCUUGCAUGGAGUCAGGGGUCCUGUUGGCCAUGAGUUAUGACCGCUUUGUAGCCAUUUACAACCCACUGCGCUACACAGCCAUCCUUACCUUGCCAUGUAUCAUCUCCAUGUGUCUCGGCAUUAUGCUGAAAAGUGUGGCACUCAUGACCUCACUUCCAGUUCUGUUGAAGCAAUUACCCUAUUGUCACAUAAACAUUCUUUCCCACUCCUACUGCCUCCACUGAGAUCUGAUCCAGCUGCCUUGUGCAGAUACUAAGCUCAACAGCAUCCUGGGUUUGGCCAUUGUCCUGUCCACUUUUGGUCUGGACUCACUGCUUAUUGUGGUCUCUUAUGUACUAAAUCUUUACACAGUGCUGGGCAUUGCUUCUGGGGAGGGAAGGAGGAAGGCUCUCAACACAUGUGCAUCACACAUUUGUGCAGUGCUUGUGUACUAUGUACCUAUGAUUAGUGUAUCUGUGAUGCACCGUGUUGCCAAGCAUGCUUCACCCAUGGUUCAUACACUCAUGUCUAGCCUCUACCUUUUUGUACCACCAGUGCUCAAUCCCAUCAUCUACAGUGUUAAGACUCAGUCAAUACAGCAGGGAAUUGCCACCUUGUUCUGCAAGAAAGAAUUGAUCUAA